GGCCGCCGACUUGGAUUUUGGGCGCGGGAGCCUCAGCAGGGCCUGCGCUUUCUCGUCAGCGCUGUCCUGACGCGGCCUCCUCCCGCCUGGGCCGGCCUGCAUCAGGUAGUUGUGGCAAGAGGAAGCAGAAGAAGAAGGGGGCGCCAUCGCCCGUGGGGCGGCGCCAGGCUGAGGCAGUGGGCGGUCGGUCGGAGCGCGGCGCCUGCGCGCCUUCUUCCACAGCGGGGCAAGCGGGAGCUCCUCGGGGCAGCGUCGCGGAAGGGAGAGCGCGGAGUUGUGUGUGAGGGGCGGCUUGGCCGGCUGCUUUGGCCGGCGUGGCGCGGGCGGCAUGGCGGAGGCGGCGUUGCCAAGCUCAGGUGUGUUAAAUCCAGAUGCAACUGACUUCAUUCCAAGAGACAGGCAAACUUUCAGUCUGAACUGGAACAGUCAAUCCAGAUUGGAAUCAAAUCGGGACAGAAAUGCUAUACCACCUUCUGCUCACCCUAGACACAGUAAAUAUGAAAAUUCUCCUGUAGAUCAGCAUACUUUUUAUAGUCUAGAGAGUCAGCAUAGAAGCCAACCAGAUUCUUCAUUGUUCAACAGUAUGGGUAAAACAAAGGGCCGCAACUUACAGAGUCAGCGAUGGCUGAGAUCAAGGAAUGAUAGAACACAUGGCAAAAAUCAGGCAAAGCAGACAAAUGCAGGGAAUUCAGAAGAUCCUCAAUGUUUAGAUAGCAGAUUGAUUCCAGGACGAAGGAUGAAUCCAAGAGAAUACAGUGAUUUUUCUUCAGACAGUGAAAAGGAGGCUGCUACUGCAGAUAAUAGAGGAGCAAAGCCAAAGAAGACAUAUUUGAUGCAUUCACGUGGAAGAGGAUUGAAGGAAAAGGAGAAACAUCCUCCUGAAAGGGAUAAAAGAUUAGUUUCUAAAUGGAGGGACAAGCCCUUUGAAAAUAUACCAGCAAUAGAUCUUACACAGUCGGACUCUUCUGACGCAUCACUUGGAAAAGCAAUAUCUGAUGGCUUUUCUGACAAUAGCAUUGCCCGGAGAAAGUACCCCUUUGCAAACAGAUAUUUUAGGGAGCCUAUGUGGAAUAAAGAGACUGGCAAAAGGCAAGAUACAUCUAGGAGCAAACAUGUAAAACAUGUUAAGAAUGCGUCCCUUCCGCAUCCUCCCAAAGAACGCACCAGUGAGAAGAGAGAAUCUGUGCUGCGUGAAAGGGGUUCAAACUUAGGGAGUGUGGCACAGGCACAGCCAGUGCAGGAAUCAGGUACACGUGAUGGGAGAAAACCUGUCCUUCAAGAUGGAUAUAAAAGUAGGCGCUGGAAAAAGCAAAACGAUGCACCAAAGAGCAAGGAAACUCAUACAGGGUCUCUGAUAGAGCAGCUUACCUCAGAAAAAUAUGAAUGUAUGGUAUGUUGUGAUGUGAUCCGUGUGGUGGCCCCAGUGUGGAGCUGUCAGAAUUGCUAUCAUGUGUUCCACUUGAGCUGCAUUAAGAAGUGGGCAAGAUCACCAGCAGCACAGACUGAAGAUGGUAAUAGUGGCUGGCGGUGCCCUGCUUGUCAAAAUGUUUCAUCCCAAGUUCCUAAUAUUUACACCUGUUUCUGUGGUAGGGUAAAAAAUCCUGAAUGGAAUCGAAAUGAAAUUCCACAUAGCUGUGGAGAACUCUGUAGAAAGAAAAGAUCAGCUCAAGAUUGUCCACAUUUAUGUAAUAUACUCUGCCAUCCAGGACCUUGCCCAUCAUGUCCUGCUUUUAUGACCAAAAAAUGUGAAUGUGGACGCACAAGCCAUUCAGUUCGCUGUGGGCAUUCUACUGCAAUUCAGUGUACUAAUAUAUGUGGGAAUGUUUUGAAUUGUGGUACACAUAGCUGUGCCCAGAUAUGCCAUUCAGGAAAAUGCCAGCCGUGUGAAUUGACUGUAAAACAAGUGUGUUACUGUGGGAGCACCUCUCGAGAAGUGUUGUGUGGGACAAGUGAGGACCAUUUCUCUUGUCUGAGAACUUGUGGCAAAAAACUAUCCUGUGGAAUGCACAACUGUGCACAAGUAUGCCAUCCCCAGUCUUGCCAGCCUUGUCCACGGCUGCCACAAAUAGUGCACUGUUGCCCUUGUGGGCAAACGCCCCUUAAUAAAUUAUUAGAGCUGGGGUGCACAGAACGUAAACUCUGCACAGAUCCCAUCCCAUCGUGCGGAAGAACAUGUGGAAAACCUCUGCCUUGUAGUAGCUUUGAUGCUGUUCAUACAUGCGAAAACCUCUGCCAUGAAGGAGAAUGUGGACCAUGUUCUCGCACAUCAAAGAUUUCCUGCAGAUGUGCCUUAAAAACAAAGGAAGUUCCCUGUGCCUCACUCAAAAAUCAAGUUGAAGUUGUGUUCUUGUGUGACAAGAGAUGCAACAAGAAGCUGUCAUGUGGACGACACAAGUGUAAUGAGAUUUGCUGUGUGGACAAAGAACACAAGUGCUCUUUGAUUUGUGGACGGAAACUCAAUUGUGGCAUCCAUAGAUGCGAAGAACCUUGCCACCGUGGCAAUUGUCAGAAGUGCUGGCAGACUAGCUUUGAGGAAUUAACGUGUUACUGUGGUGAAUCAGUGAUAUACCCCCCAAUACCUUGUGGUACUCGACCACCAGAAUGUAAAAAUUCAUGUACUAGACCUCAUGAAUGUGAUCAUCCAGUGUAUCAUUCCUGUCAUAGUGAAGACAAGUGUCCACCAUGUACAUACCUCAUUCAGAAAUGGUGUAUGGGAAGACAUGAGUUGCGGAGCAAUAUUCCCUGCUACCUCACUGACAUCUCCUGUGGUCUUCCCUGUGAUCGAAUGUUAAAAUGUGGAAUGCACAAAUGUAAAAGGAUUUGCCACAAAGGGGAAUGCCUCAUAGAUGAAGAGUGCAGGCAACCGUGUACUAUCCUUAGGCUUCACUGUAAUCAUCCAUGUAUGUCUCCAUGCCACCCAUCUUUACCAUGCCCCACAACAUCUUGCAGUGCAAAGGUUGAACUUCAUUGUGAGUGUGGGAGAAGAAAGGAGACUAUGAUUUGUUCAGAAGCAUCAAGCACUUUUCAAAGAAUAGCUGCUAUUUCUAUAGCCUCUAAGUUAACAGAUCCACAUCACGGAGAUUCAAUAGAGAUCAGCAAAUUGAUUACCAAAAAGGAAAUGAAGCAAACCAGGCUGCAGUGUGAUGAUGAAUGUUUGGCUCUUGAAAGAAACAGGCGGUUUGCUGAGGCUCUUCAUAUUGAUGACAGUUCUGAUCCUUUUAAUGUCCGUGCCUCUGUACCCAAGUACAGUGAUAGCUUGAAAGAAGAUGCAAGGAAAGAUUUAAAGUUUGUCAGUGAAGUUGAGAAAGAAAUGAAAGCCCUUGUAGAAGCAGUAAAUAAGAGCAAGCAUACAAAGAAGAGCCAUUGCUUCCCGCCCAUGAACAGAGAACACCGCAGAAUCAUCCAUGAGCUUGCUCAGGCGUACGGCAUAGAGAGUGUGAGCUAUGAUAACGAACCAAAGCGCAAUGUUGUUAUCAGUGCGGUGAAAGGGAAAUCAGUUUGCCCAACAGUUACUCUGACUUCGCUGCUUACCAAGGAAAGGCAGACGAGGCCCCCACCACCUAUUCCUCAUCACAAACAAUCAGAAAAGCACGGGAAUAGCAGCACAGAGAGAGGAUUCAAAGAGGAGCCUGUGAUUGACUACUUUGAUGUACAGGACUGAAAAGAUGAAUGUGAAAUUUGUGCCGUUGAAAAGUGGAAGUGAUGCUACCAAUCAUUUUUUCCGUUGAAACGCUUUGUACUCGUUGUAUUCAAAGUACAUCCUGGAAACAGCAGAUGAAAAGAAAUAGCUUGUCAUUCUUUAACCCUCUCUCUGUGUGUAACCAGCUUUGGGGUGGGGGGAAACGAACAUAGAAUGUAAGUGCAAGUUGUAUGUACCUCUCAACAGCCUGCGUCUGACGCUGCAAAACCUGUAGUGGUUCGUAAGGACAGAAAAACAAGUUGGCAUCUAAGGUAAUCUGCUAUAAAAUAUAAUGAAUUAUAUCUCCUAUGUAAGAUAAACUUUUUGUCUGGGUAUAAGGCACAGUGAAACAAUAGCCCUAUGCAAGCUGUCUCCCCUCACUCAUGCAAAAUUGCACCCACCUUGUGUGAUUGGCAGCCCCGCCCUCUGCCAUCAAUGAGCUGGGGAGAGCCCAGAAGCAGGAAGCUUGUUCCCUGUAUGAUCAGAAACACCCUGCGCGGUCGGGGCCCUAAAUCAUUCUGGGAGUAUAAACCUAUAGUGCUGGCUCUUUGUUUUAGACCUUCCCCCAACCCCAGUAUGGAUACAAGCUGGAAGGCAAAGACUCAGGGAUGGACAACAAAUGCAUCUGCAACAAAUCCUUAAAAGUUUUCAGCUUAAGGAGACAAGUUAAUUGAAUUCGUGAAGUACGAAAUUAGGGAUGCUGAUGUAUCCAGAUGAAAUGAUGAAAGCCAGCUUUUCAGUCAAAGCAUUAGGAGGCGUAGUCCCAUAGCAAUUUGAACUUUGUGCAGCCUAGAAACAGUAGGAUUGGUGAGUCAGUAAGUUUAUACUUUUUGUAUCUAAACUUGAGUUGCCUUUGCCAUAAGUCUAAUGCUGGAUAUUUUCAGGUGGUAAGUGUAUGGAGCUGGGGAUUUUUUAUGUCAUCUGUAGGUUCCUUUUUGGGGUUUUUUUUUUUAAUGGAAAUGAGCUUAUCGGUUAUUCUUCAGUUAGGGUAGCAUGUAGCCUUAUGCUUUGCGUGUAGCGGUAACAAAUAAUAAUAAUUCUUUUGCAUUUUUAUCAGUGGCCAGACAGCAAUUGAAUAUGGUUACUGUACUUGAAAUGAGAUAUAAAGCCACCUUAUUAUUUCUCCUCCUCUUCCUCUUUGCAAACUGUGGCCCAUAUAUUUCCUAAACAUUCUUCCUGUUUCAUACCCCUUCCUUUUGUGGACAGCUUCCAAGCUACAGGAGUGCCCACAUGGAUGCACCUUACUAAAAAUAAUAGUGUGUAAGGAUUUUAGGUGAGGGUACUGUUUAGUAAAUUUUACUUAAUUUGUACCCUGCCUUUCCACUAAAUAUGUGUUACGGCAUUUUAUCAGUAUGCAGGGGAAUCCUGAAGUGGCUUGGACUAUCUGUAUCUGCCUUGUGAACACGUGCAAGUAUCCAUUCUUGGUGCAUUAUGAUUUAAAUUAGUGGAAUGGUUUGUAACAAGAAAAGAGGCCAAACCCACGUCCCUAGUAGAAUUUUUAAGUUCCUGUCGCACAGAGACAUUGGGUUAGUGGCCCUGCAGCACAGACAAGUGAUUGUUCCUUAUAUUACACGUUUAUUAUUAUUUAAAUACCAAAAAGUUGAGCACAAUUGCGCCUUUCCCACAGAACCUUAAAGUAAAAUGCACUUCCUUUCUGUACAUGGAGUGGAGCUGUGCUUCUGGCACCCCUAUCCAGUGGUUGGUUUUCCUGCAUGGUAGGGAUUUUGCACUCGGUAAAAGUUCUGAUGCCCCCACCCCAAAGACAUGCACAAAAUAGGUGCUAUGUUACAGCUAAAAUCACAUGAAUGCAGAAGGGAUUGAUCAAGACUCAAGUGGAAGUGCAGCUCUACAUUCCUCCAACCAGUACAAUGUACUUCUGCUGCAUCACUACACAAGAAGGAUGUAGCUGAACAUUUUGAACAGAGCCCAUAAGCACAGAAACGUUUAUUCCUAUUCAUUACUUAGCUGUUUUCAUUUAUGUGGAUAGUGGUUUUUAAGUGACUGGUUCUGCUAUUGCUUGGUGAAAAAGUGCCAUGUAUACAUUAAGGGAUUAAACUGGUGUUUGUUGGUUUUGUAACAUCUCAGCUUUUAAAAAAUUGCCAUUCUCAUUUUAUUCACUUCUCAUUUGGUUUUUGCACUUUUUGGUGAUCUGAGAGGGAAAAGUCUAAUUGGAACAAGUUUUUCAAACUUCUCUUUUGCAAUUAUAAACAGGGCAUUUGGAUCCAUACAUGCAAACAGUGCAGGCAGAAUUUUAGGACUGAGGCUUAGUAAUAAUUACAUAUUCAAAACUGCUGAGAAUACUCAGUGCUUUGUGUGCAUCGAUUUAUGUGUAAUCUAAAGUUGUGAAAAUUGCUAUGGAAACCAUUCCUAAUGGCAUUUCUCUUGAUGUACUUCAUGAUGAAUUAAGUGAAUUGAUUUAUGUUUGGUUUUUAAUAAGUUAUUUGUCAAAACUUUAUAUAUAUAUAUAUACAUACACACACACAACUUGCUUGCUUUCAAUUCAGUGGUGUAAUAAAUUACUGACUUUAUAAAUUUGUAAUAUAAAACUGUAAUAAAGUUCAAAUGGAUCUUG